GCUUCAAACCACCAGAUCGAGUAAUACCAUUGCGAUUAUGACACAAGUUGAAACAAGAACACUGUGCACCUUGCAGCAGAUUCGCUGGUUUGUUGAUGUAUGUGUGUCAUGUAAGAGCUCAAUAUCACGUGAUCUCGUGAUGUAACAAACACCCGUUCAUCUGACUGCCAGAUAGUCAAGACGAUCAAGCUGAUUUCUGUUUGCACCAUUUGUCAUCGCUCGGUGUUUUAAAAAAGACACUAUGGGAAAGGAAAAGACUCACAUCAGUAUCGUUGUGAUCGGCCAUGUGGACUCGGGGAAGUCCACAACCUCUGGUCAUCUCAUCUACAAGUGUGGAGGGAUUGACAAAAGGACCAUUGCGAAGUUUGAGAAAGAAGCCCAAGAGAUGGGCAAGGGGUCCUUCAAAUAUGCCUGGGUCCUGGACAAACUGAAAGCCGAGAGAGAAAGGGGUAUCACUAUCGAUAUUGCUCUGUGGAAGUUUGAGACAAAGAAGUUCUUUAUCACCAUCAUUGACGCUCCAGGACACAGAGAUUUCAUCAAGAACAUGAUCACUGGAACUUCCCAGGCUGACUGUGCUUUUCUCAUCGUGGCAUCGGGACCAGGAGAGUUCGAAAGUGGGAUGUCCAUAGACGGCCAGACAAGAGAACAUGCUCUGCUUGCCUACACGCUGGGGGUAAAACAAAUUAUUGUUGGCGUGAAUAAGAUGGACCGUACGGUACCACCCUUUUCUGAAAAGAGGUUUCAGGAAAUUGUCACCGAGGUUAAAGCCUACUUGAAAAAGGUUGGCUUUGACAAUAAAUCAGUGGCAUUUGUUCCUAUCUCUGGUUGGCAUGGGGACAACCUGCUUAAAGAAAGUGAAAAGAUGCCUUGGUAUAAAGGUUGGUCCACCGAGAAAACUGUUAGUGACAAACAAGUAAAAGCUUCAGGAAAAACGCUUAUCGAAGCCCUCGAUAGCAUCAUACCUCCCGAAAGACCAUUAACAAAACCUCUACGCCUCCCACUUCAACACGUCUAUAACAUUGGAGGUAUUGGAACUGUACCAGUGGGCAGAGUAGAAACAGGAGUUCUGAAGCCUGGAAUGAUCGUUACGUUUGCCCCUGCUAACAUCACAACAGAGGUCAUGUCAGUAGAGAGGAACCACGAAUCACUGGCUGAGGCCUUACCUGGGGACAAUGUCGGCUUCAACGUCAAGAACAUCUCCGUCAAGGACAUACGUCGAGGAAACGUAACGGGUAAUAGCAAGGACGACCCACCAGUCACAGCAGAGUGUUUCGAUGCUCAGGUGAUUGUUCUGAACCAUCCCGGACAGAUCGCUGCUGGCUACUCCCCAGUACUGGAUUGCCACACAGCACACGUCGCAUGUAAGUUCGCGGAACUUAAAGAGAAAGUGGACCGUAGGAAUGGCAAGAAGUUAGAAGACAGACCCAGGUUCUUGAAGUCUGGAGACGCUGCCAUCAUAAAUCUGAUACCAUCAAAACCAAUGUGCGUGGAGCCAUUUGCCAAAUUUGCUCCACUGGGCAGGUUUGCUGUCCGCGACUUUCAACAGACGGUGGCCGUUGGAAUCAUCAAGGAGGUGACCCAGAAGAAAGAAGGCCCUGGUAAAGUGACCAAAGCUGCCAAGAAAGCUCUGUAGCUUGUACUGUUCUGAUAUUGAUUGAGCAGAUUUCCACUUAAAUCUUAACUUAUCACAUCACUAUAAGCAAAUAGUACAGCAUUUCUUCAUCUAAAGUAUAAAGUAAAGAGUUCAGGAGGAGCAAAGACUCGCAAAGUAGUGUGUACUUGAGCUGAUAUACCUCUAUCUUAGCUAACCUAUCACGCAUUUAACACACAUGUUAUAAUUCCAAUAAACCAUUCAGACAGCUCUUUUAAAACAAUUUGAAGAAUCAGGUUCUGAGGAGGCGAAGGAUAUCCUUCCUGGCAGCUCAGGAAAACAAUAAUUUUCAACAGAUUAAUCUAUAAUUAUUUACACAUGUUGGGAACAAAUGUCUCCUUUCUAUUCAUUGAUAAUAAAAGUAUUAAAACGCUGCUCGUGUUGCCUAUUAGAAGUAAGUUUCUGAUAGAUUAAUUUGAGAUUAAUUUGUUAUAUUUUUUUUAUUUGAAGUUAACACGAUAUACGGCUUUUCCAUUGGACGAGAGAUCGGUCACAUGACCGCGAAAUUGACGUUCAUAAGUGUAUGAACGACACA